UCAAAAAUACUUGAAAUACAAAAAGCUUGUGCUUGAAAUUAUCUUUGCAAUGUUAUAAUAUCUAUAGUAACGAUAUCAACACAGCCACACUUCAAAAGAACAGCUAAUUUAAAAGUGGUUAACGUUUUGAAAUUAAAAACAUAAUGCUUUUGAGAAUAUUAUAAAACGAUCAGUUUGAAUAUUGAGAGAAAAGGGCGAAAAUAUAAUAAAUACACUUAGUUUUAUAAAUUAAAACAAAUAAAAGACAGUUAAACAAACCUGAACAAUGAUAUAAGUAGAACACGUGGAGAUAUAUUUUGAAGAACGUGGCGUUAUCGACAGUAUUGCAGUAAGGUUUCCAAACAAGAGCUGAAUUAUACCAGUGGGACAGCAGAUUAUCAAAAAUUAUAUACAAAGCAGCUUUUUUCUCGAAUAAGGGACAAAUACAAAAAGGCAAAUACCGAUUAAAGAAAAGCGAAAAAUCUUCUCCUUCUACAAACAAGAUAUAAAACACGUUUAUGCGUUUAAGUUAGUGUCGAAAAUAAAUAAAAAGCACACUUAAAAAAAGCUUGAAAAAUCAAAAUGGAAUAUCACGUGACACUGGCAGUGUUUCCAGUGUUCCUCCUACUGGUCUUCAUCACGUGUUGCAGUGCCCACGGGGGAAUGCAGGAGCCCCCUAUGCGGAGCCUGGCUUGGCGCUAUGGAUUCGACGUGCCCAUCAACUAUGAUUGGAACUCAUUGUAUUGCGGAGGAUUCUUUAAAUUCCAGCAGAGCGGAGGAAAAUGCGGGCUGUGUGGAGAUCCCUACGACGGGCCCUUCGAGAAUGAUAGAGGCGGUCCGUAUGACACAGGGGUCAUCGUGAGGCACUAUCCCGCAGGCAUGAGGCAGAUAGAUGUCAAAUUCGAGCUUACCGCCUAUCAUAAGGGUUACGUGACCUUUCACCUUUGUCCUAACAAUGAGAUGACCUUGACCCAGGCUUGUUUUGAUGCUCACCCACUGCAGAUAGUGGAAGGCUCUCCAGAAGACCCGUACAAGUUUUACCCGCCAAAAGACCCGAAACUUAACGAGGUCAAGGUCAUAUUGCCGCGAGGUGUCGUCUGCGAUCGAUGCGUUCUACAGUGGAUUUAUAAAGCUGGCAACAGCCAUGGUCGUGAUAAUAACGGAACCUCUUGCAUUGGCUGUGGUUUGCAGGAGACGUUUGUCAACUGUGCUGAUAUAAGUAUUGGUGGAACUGUGGAUAAUAUCUCUGUACGAGAUGACACCAUCUCUCCUGAGGCUGAUAUAGUUAUUCCUCAGACCGCAGACGUAACUCAGAUCAUUGAUGAGGCUCCAUCUGAUUCAUUUGAGGCGGUAAUCAGAGCACUACGAGGCAUCCAACAAUUUGCGGACAGACGCUUUAAUGCCCCAGGGGCGAAUGUAGCAACGCAAGAUAGUGGAAUGGUUGGAACUAGACGUGGGGCAGGUGAUCAUCCAGGAAUUAAUCCAGACCAGAUGAACGUACCACAAGGCGUUCUACCGGGAGCAGGGAUGACCCCAAGACGCGUUUUACCAGGGCUUCAACCAAAUAGAAACAGAGUUCCAGACUUGCCCGGCAUUUCUGCUGACCAGAUUCAAAGUAUGGGAAGUUUUGACCAAACCAACUUAUUUCCAGGACACCUCUCUAACGUUGGGGGUAUGAGCAUAUUCGGUGACCCCAUUCCAGCUUCUAGGAGGAAUGUCGACCUUCCCAGGCCAUCUAUUAUCCAUACAGUCCGAGAUAUAAAUCUACAAGACAGACGGUUUAAUACUCUCUCACGGACAGAUGAUUCAAAUCAGAAGAUACACACCGAUGCGAACCAGAGACAACGCGUUCAAAACAGCUUACAACGUGGCCAAAUGACACCUUUUACGUUGAUGGUAAAUCCCAACGUUGACCCCAGCAGAAGAUCUCUAAAUGACAGGCUGAUUCCAAUAACAUUUGCAAGUGAUCCAAACAAACAAAGCCUGUCUGUACCUAACAGAUCAGGUGUCGAAUUACGUACACCAAUCAAAAGACCGAACAAUCAAGCGCCCCAUAAUUUAGCCAAUCCCCUCGAGCGCUCAAAUGUUCACAGUAGUUUAAUAUCGUCAAUCUCGGAUACUAUAAGCACACUCCCCAAACAAAUCCAACACAUUCAAGCCGGUAGAAGCAUUUUCUCCACUAGAAACAGCGGAUUUCCGCAAAGCACUACUCAUGGUUCUGCUCUUGGUGUUACAUCUGGGCUCGCUAGAAACACUCUGUUGCAAAAUGGACAAAGAAAUCUUAACGGUAAGAAUGACGCUGUUAUUCCUCCAAAAGAGUUUGUGGCGCAAAUGAACAGAAUGAGACAGGUUUUUCCCAACCCUGAAGCAUGGCAUCGAGGCGACGGUAUGACGUCACCGCGGGAGGCAGUCCGCCAGGCUCCGCAUCUUGACACCAGGGACUUUUCAACAACUGACAUACGCCAGCAUGUUCCUAAGUUGCCAAGCAACAUAGGAUUGCGACAGGAUGUUUCCCCGCUCAUGCAAAGACGUGAACAACAAAACUCCCAAGCGUUUGUGCAGAAUCGUCGUAUGCGCGCGCAUUCUGAUGGUUUGCACAUGCGCAAUGGUCAAUCCUCGCCAUUCAGUUUACCUAGACGUAUUGAAGUGGACAGCAUGACUGUUGCACAACAUUUGUUAAGGAAAUACCCGCAACUGCGGGGAAGGGUGUUUCUGUCACGCAGAGGUCAUUUACGAAAUAAAUAUUCCCAAAUGACAAACCAAUAUGCUCGACGAAUAACUGGAAGUCAGAAUGUGUAAAUGGCAGUUUGAAAGCGUAUUUGCGCCAAAUGCUUCUUCAGUUAAUGUCAUUUAGGAUCUUUCCACUUUCACAACUCGAAACAGACUCAACUUUUGUCGGAGGUUUUGAUGUUAUUAUAUUAAUCAUAGUGUUACAUCCGAGUGGACGCAGGGUUACGGGAUAUUUGACUAUAUGCAUGGCAGGCUGACGUAUCGUUGCGCUUGUCCUAUAGUGUAUGACUUUGUUGCAAUCUUUGUAAGAAACUUUGUGAAAUUUUCAAAUGAUUGAUACAGAUUGACUCAUGAACAAAACAAUACUUAAAUAUUAACAAACGCAUAAAUUUAUAAUAGUAUUAACGACAUAACAAAAGCUAUUUCAUCACAUCUUGGACAUAUCACACAAAGAGUAAAAUCACACAGUGUU